GCACCGGAAAUGAACACCAAAAUGAGAGAAAAACAUAAAUUUUGAUGAUGUAAAUACCUAUCCAGAAUGUGAGAUGAAUAGACCAAGAAUUGUCAUGGAUGGGUAAACUAGGGGAAAAUAGUCCUAAGGAUGGGGAGUUCUUCCUCCAAAUUCCGCAAACACCUGAGCAAUGGAGAUGAAGUGGCAGCACUUCACUUAUAUAACAGCAACAGUGAUCUCAGGAAGGGACUUGACCCAAACUCUUCCUAUGGUGACCAUCAUAACCAUGAAACUCCUCUGCAUUAUGCAGCAAAACAUGCUAUGAAAAGUUUAUUAAGAAUUUUCCUACAUGACCAUAGUGGUAAUCCAAACAAGACAAAUGGAAAGAAAGAAACCAGUUUGAUAUGUGUUUGCAUGGAGAAGCCAGAACAUGCCCAGUUUUACCCCGUGCAGAGGAAGAGGUUAGACUGCCUUCUGAUUCUGCUGAAGUGGAGGGGACCAGAAACUGAAGAUGGAGAGAGGGAGAGGGUAAAUCUAGGCUCACAGGAUGAGAAUGACAACACUGCACUUCAUUAUGCUGCUCUGUCAGGACUGAAAUACUGUGUAGAAAAAUUGGUCCAAUCUGGUGCCCCCCUGUUUAUCGAGAACAAGGACAGACAGACCCCCUGCGAUUGUGCAGAGGCAGGAUCACAUCCAGAAAUCGCUCUUUAUCUAGAGUCCAAAAUGGUUUUUUCUAGUGUUGGGAAUGAAGAUGAAACUGAUGAUGUGGCCUCCAUUUUGGAACCAGAGGAGUACAGUGGAUUACGGGCCCAGGAUUUACAGGAAGCUAAAGAUCAGCUACUUGUGGAAACAGCAGACAUGCUGAGUGUGCCACUGUUUACAGCAGAAGCACUGCUCCGAAAUCAUGAGUGGUCUCGUGAGAUGUUAUUGGAAGCCUGGAUGUCCGAUCCCUUACAGUGUUGUGAGAAGUCUGGCGUCCAUCCUCCAGCUAGUGUUUUCUGUGAUAAACCAGUGGUACAGCAUUCCCUGGACACAGAUCAACAUCGUCCAGACACUCAAAACUCCACAGGAAUUUGUGAUAUCUGCAUGGAGUCCUUCGUGAUUUCAGAAGAUCAUGUGAGCAUGACCUGUGAUCACAUGUUCUGCAGAGAUUGUUGGAGAGAGUACUUGAAUCUCAAGAUACAGGAGGGAGAUGCUCACAAUAUAACAUGUCCGGCCUAUCAGUGUGAUAAACUGGCUCCUGUCGAACUGAUAGAGGGCAUCGUCUCACGAGACAUGGCCAGAAGAUAUCUACAGUUUGACAUCAAGGCUUUCGUGGACAGCAACCCUAGCAUAAAGUGGUGUCCAUUUCCUGGGUGUGGUCGGGCUGUAAAACUACCUGACCAGGAGGAGCGGAACAAGAAAAUCCCUGUGGACACUUCUCGCGCUGUGGAUUGUGGAAAUGGACACUAUUAUUGCUGGGAUUGUCUGGGAGAAGCUCAUGAACCAAGCAGUUGUGAUAAUUGGACAAAAUGGUUUCAGAAGAUCGGCGAAAUUAGACCAGAAGAAAUGAGUGGAACCGAGGAGGAGACCGAUGCGGCUGCUAACUGCUUGUGGCUGGUAACCAACUCUAAACCCUGUCCUAACUGUAAAUCUCCCAUCCAAAAAAAUGAGGGAUGCAAUCAUAUGAAAUGCUCAAAGUGUAAACAUGACUUUUGUUGGGUGUGUCUGGACCAGUGGAAGAGACAUAACACUAGUACUGGGGGUUACUUUAAGUGUAACCGAUAUGAGGCGGUGAAGGUGGUUCAGGAAGCUACUCAAAAAGCACAAAGUGAGGCAGAAGAACAAAAUCAGAAGAUGCAGGAAUUAAACAAGUUUGUUCAUUUCUAUACUCGCUUCAAAAACCAUGAAAACAGCUAUAAGUUGGAGGAACCUUUAUUAAACACCACAAAGAACAAAAUGAUGAAACUAGCUGAGGCUGUUACUGACCUAGCAUCAGCCAACUCAGAGACUCAGUUUGUUGAGCAUGCUGUCCAACAGCUGCUUAAGGCUCGCCGAGUUCUCAAGUGUUCAUACGUGUAUGGAUAUUAUCUGGAUGGACCAGGCUAUAUGAAAAUUGUGUUUGAGUUUAUGCAGACCGAACUUGAAGAGACAACAGAAAUCCUGUCUCAGAUGGUUAAUCGCCUAUAUUUACGAACUCCCAAGAAACGCAUCAUUGAGCAGGCUCAAUUGGUACAAAGGAAAAGGCAUGAAUUUAUCCUUGCAAUAUCUAAAGGGCUGGUACCCCCUGAAACCCCACCAGGGCUUCGUAAACAUCGCAAGCGAAAAUACAGCAUGGAAACGGAGGAUGAACAGUUACGAAAAGCUAUUCUGGCUUCUAUACAAGAGGUUGACCCAGCUAAACCUUGGAUCAAGGAUGCAUCUGGUCGCCAUACCAAUGUAAUGGCCGUCUUAGACUGGCCAAAUAGUGAUGACUCAGACACAGAUGACCUCUAUACAGUUGAAGAGGGGAAGUGUCAGAAGAUGUCUUGUGAUAAUCCACGAGCUAGGAACCCUCGCACUGGAGAGAUUCACGGCUACUGUAGUCGGCAGUGCAUGUACGAGGACAAAAUAGAAAACCCUGAGCAACCAGAGCCCGUCCAGGAGGUAAUUAUGGACGAGCAGAUGGAUUUAUUACGAGCCCUGGAGAUGUCCAGGCUACAGUUUCUGCAUGAUCAGGGUAUCAUUACAGCAGAUAGAAGUUCUAUAUCAUUACACAUGCCCCCUGAAGAUGCUGUGGCCUCCCCUUCACUAGGAGCAGAAGAAACUGUGAGACAAAGGUCACCAAGGUUACAGAAAAAGUCCCCCAAACAGAAAUCCCCAGGGUCCAAAGCAAAGGGUAAAGGAAAAGGAAAGAAAACAAUUCAAGCUGCUUUGGAGGAGUUAGAUGUAGAACUUCAGAGGGUGUUGGAAAUCUCAUCCAUCAGUCCCACAGAAUUGCAGGAGACAAUGAGAAGUGAUCAGAGGUCACAUGACAGGGGUGCAGUAAAACCGCGUAGUCGAUUUGACAACACAGGGGCACUCUGUGUUCAAAGUGUUCCUAACCGAAGUGUCGAGGAUUUAGAUCAUGAUGACUGUAUCAAUUGCAAUUUUGUUGAUCCUGAAAGGAGGAGUUCAAAUGAGGACCAAACCCCAACUACCCCCAGAUCAUCUCUCUGGCCCCUUCCUGAUGCAACAGGGGACCACUUACCGUUAAACAGUCAAGCAAAACCCACAUCACCCAGAAGAACCAGCUCAAACUCAUGCUUUGGGAUCAUCAAAGACAUCAGUGUCUCUAAUCUUCACACAGGGGAGUCUGACAAAAUCAAAGAUAUGGAGGAGAAAAACUUGGCUCUCCUGGCCAGCACUAAAGUGCCUGAGGAGGAUACAGAUCUCCUCCCUUCUCUUCCAGGACCAACAGGGUACAGUAGCAGAUUACACCAAUCAAUCAGGGACCAAGCUUAUGGCUUCAAAAACAGCCUGGGACUGUUGGCAGCCAACACACCAGGUGAUGAACAUAUUCUUCUGUUACAGAGCCCAGAGACCCCAGAGCAUAUAACUUUGGGUUAUCCAGGACAAUCGUGUAAUAGGGGUGCCGUUUCGUUAGAGUAUACAGAUGUAGAUGUUCAUACAGAGAAUUCUCCAGAAAGUGAUUCUGAACAUGAUGCUUGUCACAAAUUUUUAUCUACAUUAAAACCCGAUGACGGCUUUCUGGAUUCUCUGAAUGUUUGUGUCAAUGAUACAAAACCAUUCAAGGUAAAUCCACCCCAAGAUCUGUCUUUACCUGCUGAGCGGAAGGAUUUUGACACUCCACGGGCUGAAAAAGUCAAUGCACCACUAGAGUCAUUCAUGGAUACCUGGGCCACAAAGAGUGAGAGUCAGAUUCAAAGUGAGGCUGGGAAUCAUAGUGCUCAGAAAGAGGACAUAACAGCCCCUUUUCAUAGUGAAGAACUCAUGCUUCCACCAGAGACUGUGUUGCCUACAAGAGUAGACCAGUCAGUGCUCCCAGAAAAUAAGGAUGGCUUACAACUACUGGAUGUAGAAGAUGAACAGGAAGUAGAGGAAUUAGCUCCACCUAGUGGUGACAUUGUAGAAGCUGAAGAUGGAGAUGACUCAGUAUAUGUUUAAGAUGGAGAUUCUUUCAAUGCAUGUGAUAUUUGUCGAACCUUGAUAUUUUUUUUAUAGUGUGCCCUUUUUAAUUAAUAUAUUAAGAUUUUAUUUAUAGUUAUUUAUUAAGUAACAAAGUAGCUUAAUCAUGUACAGGUACAUAAAUUUGUGUGUAUAUUUAUGGAAUAGAUUUUUAUGUAUGCACAAAGAAAGGUUAUUCAUAAAAAUAAGUUUACUUGUAACUGAAGAUGUGAACAGCAAUGCACUAUCAUAUUACUUUUUAAUAUUCAAAAGGUUAAGUUUAACCCAAAAUGAAUUGUUAUAGAUUUAUACUUUUAGGUCCCAUGGACCUGUCAAUUUACUUUGCUAUAUCAGCAAUUCAUUACAAUCUAUAUAGAUGUUUUCACUAAAUUACAUGUAAACAUGUCUUAAGCAAAUUUGCUAUAUGCAUGUUUCUUUCAAGUAUGAAAGCAAAUUGGUUCAGGGAAGUAUUGAAUACAAAACUAACAUUAGAGUACUAAAGUUUUCUGAUGAAUAAUUUCAAACAUAAAAGCCAAAAAUAUCAGGUCUGUAUUUUAAAUUUUGACAUCUUGAAAGAUUUGCUUUAAAGGAUUUGAAUUUCAUUAUUUUAAACUUGUAUGGGACACAGAAUAAAUUUGCUGCAUCAGUAAAUUUAUUGACUUUAUAGGACUUCUUAUAACCAAAAAAAUUACAAGGUUUUGCUAAAAAUUUUGCCAGGGAUAAUAAAAACUUGGCUAUAUCUGUUAAUUCCCAAUCUCUGUUUUCAUACUGAACAAUUUUACUGUAUUGGAAAAUUCCCUUUACUUUUUAAAAGUUGUCUCUUUAUAAUAGCACUUUGUACAGCCAUUUCUGGUGACAAAGGUGGUAAAUGUUGUAAGUAUUUAGUAGACUGUUGUUGAUGGUUGAUAUUUUGUAGGCUGUUGUUGAUGUUGAGUUAAGUAGGUAUGUUGACUAAGCUGUAGUUGAUGGUAAGUGUGGUAGGUUGUUUAGUAGACUAAGGUUGAUGGUUGAAGACUCAGUUGUUGUGUUCAAAAGAAAGACUGCUGUCGUUUUUGACAUUCACUUAAGUAACUUAUCAGGUUCUUUUUUUCUAUUUUUCUAGGUUUUUAGUGCUAUUGCAAACGUAACCUUGGGGUUUCACCUGCAAGGUUAUACAUUAGGUCAUGUAUUUAAUAACAUGGUGUAAAAAUCAAUUAUUUGAAAUGAUUUAUCCCACAGUCAUGGAUUUUAAAGCUACAGUUGAAUUUACAGAUAUGAAUUCCUUUUUAUCAUUUGAAAUUAAUGCUAGGGAUUGACUUUUUUUUAAAAAAUGAGAAAUGAGAGACUUAUUUUACCUAUGAAUUUUGAUACUGUGAAAAGAAUACUACACUGUAUAGGCAUUGUGCAGAUGUCACAUACAGACACACACACACUCAGAUUAGUCUGGUAUGUGGUAAGUAAAUUACUAAUCAAAUUAAGGUAAUUUUCUGUACUGUGAAUGCUUUGUGAUAUCCUUUUCAAGGUCAGGCUGUUUAAUUGUAGAAAGAAGUGAAAAUUAGGUUGUCUUGGUGAUUAUUAGGAAAAAAUUCUGACAUAACCCUAUGACUAUUUUUUGCAAAUUUUAUGUGUUUUGUUGUGAUUUUUGAUUUUUUAUAUAUAAAACCCAGUUACAAUUAUACAUAUGCACAUAAAUUUCUGUUUUGGUUCACAGAAAUUACUUAAGAAAAUAAUUGUAUUGAAACAGUGCCACAGACUUUGUAUAUAUAUAUAUAUGAUUUGUAUGUUUGAAUAUAAAAUUCUAUGUAUAUUUAUAUACAAAUUUCAAAACCAAAACAGUUCAGAUUUUUGAAGAGCUUCAAAAGUUUUAACAAAGUGUAGAAAAUUCUUCAAGAGUAAGUGGAAAAUUGUAGAUUUAUUAUAAAAUAAAACUAUAUGCAUGUUUAUCAUCAAUUAGUAAGAUAUGAAGUGAUCAAAUUCAUUAUCAUUGCCAUCAGUAGGGCUUAACUUUUAAGUAUAGAUAUUUCUUUUGCCAUCUAUCUGUUGUUCAAUCAAAUAAAUACAUGGAUAUUUAUUCCUUACUUUAAUAUUAUCUGCAGAAAUGGAUACUGUUUCACAAUCACUUGCAUAAUUUGAAUAAUUACAAAGAAAAUAAGACAGCUAAUUUGGUUUCUUAAAAAUUGUUGUGUAAAAAUAAAUAUGUAUACAUUACUAAAUAUGGUACAUUUAAGGCAAGUGAAGGAUAGUUAUUUCAACCAAAAAAAUAUAUUGUCAGCUUAAUUCUUACAUACAUCUGUCUUUUUUACUUGGAAAAUAAAAAAGAAUUAGGUAUUCAAUGUAUAACGACCAUAUUUUGUAUAUAAUAAAUGAACGGUCCUAUAUUUGUAAUUAAGGUAUCAUUUUGAAGGUAUUAUGAAAUAAAAAUUCUCAACCAAAGAAAUUUACAUAAUUUUGAUUAUUGUCAAAUUAAUUACACCUUGAAUUUUACAUUGAAGUCUAUGGGAAGUGCAUGUUUUAUUAAGAUAUUGUAAAAAGUAAUUUGAAUUUCAUAAAAAGCUCUUGGUGAAAAUAUGCAUAGACUCUCUCUUUAUUAAAAUAUGAAAUAAAAUUAAUCAUUUACCACAGAUAUUUUGACGAAAUUAAAAUUUUCUUCUUUGCAUCAAGGGGAGAUAACUCUUCAAAAACUUUUAACGUGCAAAAUGACCAGCCUUUUAUAUGUUAUCAGUCAUGUGAAUUUGGUUCAUUUCACUUUAAUCGUUAUCUAAGAAUGUAUUUUUAACUAACUUAAAAUGAUUCAAAAUUGUUCAAAAUCCCUUUAUUAUACAUUGAAUACCUUAAUGCUGCUGAAAGGAAUAAUAUUUACUUGUAAAUAUAUCACCCAAAAAGUGGUAAAAAAUACUAUUCUGCUAAUGCAUUUUUGGUCUUAACUUGUGUGUAGCAAUCUGGUUCUAAUAAUCACAACAAAUGAUGACAAAAAGAGGCUGGAAUAGAAUACUAUAUUCUGAUCUCAGAAGAGAACACAUUUCAUAUGCUAGUUUAAAUAGAGUAUAAUAAAGUUGUAUGCAUGCUUUGCUUAAUACAUGUAUGUAUUGCUAUCACCUUAUAAAGAAUAUAUGAUAUAGUGUAAAUUGUCAAGAAAAACUUAGUGCGAAAAAAUGAUAUAGUUUUAUGCAGUGAAUAUAAAAGAUUCAGGGUCCUUCUUCUCUCUCUUUAAGUGUGUUCAGUCAGUGCCAAGUAUAUCAUAUCAGAUAAAUAUAUUUUUAUUAUGAUAGCAACAGAGUUGAAUUUUGUUGUAGUACAGUGUUGUUGCUCUCAUGACCUUCUUAGUGUGUUAAUCUGUUUUCGAAAUGAAAUUUUUCCUCUGACUGGUAUAAUUUUGAUCUAUGUAUAACCAUGCUUAUCAGAAUUUGGCUUGUGAUUCAUGUGUAACUUAACAUCUAUGACUACAUUAAAUUUUGAAGGUGUC